GCACAUGUUUGGACAGCAUGCUCGGCGCUGAAGGACCCCUCAGCGGCUAAACAUGGCGGCGGUCACAAGGCUGUGUUGUGCCCUCCGGUUAACGUUUGAAGGUGUUGGAACACUGAGAGCACUAGGGGGCACAGCUCACUUCUCCCACUUUGUCAGACGCAGUCCCACCCAGUAUCUUCCAGUCACAGCUGCCCUGCAACAGAACAGACAUGGCAGUUUCUUCAACAAACUGACAGCUGAACAACUUUGGAGGGGUGUUUUAGCUGAGACCGGUGCUGGUGCCAGAAAGGGACGAGGGAAGAGAACCAAACGUAAAGUGAAAAGAGAUCUCAACAGAGGCCAGAACCUAGGAGAAGGUCGGGCUGGAUUCCUGUGGCCCGGUCUGAACACUGCUGUGUAUAAGGAUGGAUCAGUCCAGAAGCCCUCACAGCGCGGAGAGGCAGAGCAAAAAGAGGUGACAGAGGCCCUGGAACGCCAGAGGGAUGAAUGGGACAAACGCAGGAAGACCAAGAUCAAGAGAGAGAGAGGCUGGACCGGCAACUCCUGGGGUGGGAUUAGUUUGGGCCCCCCAGACCCAGGGCCCAAUGGAGAAACGUAUGAAGAUUUUGACUCGCGCAUCAUUGAGGUCAAGAGCGUGUUUAACAUCACAGCAAAGGAGGGGAGAAAGAGAUCUAUUAGUGCUCUGGUCGCAGUGGGCAAUGGAAACGGGGCCGCAGGGUUUGCUCUGGGCAAGGCAGCGGACAGGAACACAGCACUCAGAAAAGCAAAGAACCGUGCUGUGCAUUAUCUCUACUACAUUGAGAGAUACAACAACCAUACCAUAUAUCAUGACAUCGAGUCCACCUUUAAAAGGACCACGCUAAGAAUGAAGAAACAGAACAAAGGUUAUGGCUUGCACUGUCAUAGGGCUGUCAUCACUCUCUGUAAGCUGAUUGGAAUCGAGGACAUGUAUGCUAAAGUGGAGGGGUCUGUCAACCUCCUCAACAUCACCAGGGCACUGUUUCAUGGCCUGGCCAGUCAGGAGACUCAUCAGACUCUAGCUGAUAAAAAGCAGCUUAACGUGGUGGAGUUUAGGAAUGAGCAGGGUCCUCUGCCUAUCAUAGUGGCCCGGCCACAACUCGGUGCCCGUAAGGAGCCUGAAGUGGAGGAUGAGGUGCCCAACACACGUUUGCACUGGGCGGAAGUAAAGGCAGCACAGGGGGUUAAGAGAUCAGUAUGGGCAGGGGUCAAAAGGACCAUCUGGUGAUCUAAACCUGACUGAACAUUUAUUUACAUCCUGUUUAGUAGGAUGUAACGCUGUUUGCUGGGAGCAGGUGCCUGGAUUGCAAGCAUGCUCCUAAACUGUCAUUUAAGGGUAUGGAAAUGCUACAUACCCACAGAAAUGAGUGUUGGUGUAUUGCUAGCCCCUGGAAAGACGUGAGUGUUUGAAGACGGGUGAAUUCCUGCUUUUCAAUUUUCCAGAUUCUGCUUGCAUUACCUGUAUGUGACAUUACUGUAAGAGCAUCAAUAAAUUUACAAUAAACCCAUAA